AUGGCUAGUCGGUUGUCACACAUGAAUCAUGGGCCGUUUCCACUCUGUCACGCGGACUUCCUCCACAACAAUAUCAUCGUCGAUGAGAGUUUCAAGGUUCUUGGAAUCAUCGACUGGGAAGGUGCAUGUACCUUUUCCUUAGAGCUGGUAGCAUUCCCGAGUUUCCUAAACAUCAUGCCCGUCCCGUUCGACUCGCCCGAAAAUUACGACAAGGACAACAACCGGUAG